AUGGCCGCGAACCUGAUGCAGCAGGUGCUGCGCGGCAUCUGCUACCUGCACGAGCAGCACGUGGCCCACCGGGACGUCAAGGAUGACAACUUCCUGUUCCUGCACAAGGCUCCCAUAGAGAAGAACGUGCUCAAGCUCACCGACUUCGGUUUGUCGAAGAGGUGUGAGCCUGGAUGUUUUAUGGACGAGGUCGCCGGCACGGCGGACUGGGUUGCGCCGGAGGUUCUGCGCGGGGAGUACGACAUCUCGUGCGGGCUCACGGCCGAGCAGGUGGCCGAGGUGGCCGGGGCGCUGGCCGCGGCCGCCGACCACGGGGCGCUCCGCGAGCCGCGCGGCGUGGCUGGCGCCCUGGAGCGGAGUGCGCAGACGGCCUUCUCGCCCGCGGACCUGCAGAGCAUGCGGAGGGCCGUCGGCAUCCUCCAGGCGCCGGCGGAGGAGAAAAGCUCGUGGAGGACUGGCUCCCCGCGCGGCCUGUUCUUCGUCUUCGAGGGCCUGGACCGGAGCGGCAAGUCGACGCAGAGCAAGCUGCUUGCCAAGCACCUGGAAGAGGCCGGGACCAAGGUGAGGUGGACGUGCUUCCCAGACCGGGCCACCGCGGUGGGCACGCUGAUCGACUUGUACCUGCAGCGGAAGAUAGAGCUCCACGACGAGUGCGUGCACCAGCUCUUCUCGGCGAACCGCUGGGAGGCAGCUCAGGGCAUCGUGGAAGACAUGAAUGCU